AUGUAAAAUUAAUUAAAAAUAUCCUAAUUAAUGACUCUUAACCCAUGCUUCAAGGGCACAGGAGGAAAUAUGAGAGAGAGAGGUUCGGGCAACAAACACCAAUUAAGGACAAGAUGGACAGCAUUGGGUAAAGAGGAUGCAAGACUCCGACAAUGAAGCCGGCAAACGUGGUUGGCGGGCACAGAAUAGAGAAGACUGGGCAGACAACAAAGGAUUUACAAGGAAUGGGGCCGACUUAGAAGAAGUAGGAAUGGAAGCAGGGUGCCUUAGACUUGCUAGGACAAUGGUUCUCAAAUGCCUGAGCCUUGGUCACCAUUUACAGUGGCGAAAGAAAGUCAAAUGUCAGAUUAAAGUUAACGGAGCUAUGUACAAUUUAAAGUUCACGGAGGAGGAAAUGACCAAUAGCUUAUUCUCAUUGAAAUAUGACUUUUUACCAAACUUUGAUAGUGAGCUAGAUAAUGAAGAAACAUGGUCAGGUGGUAGUGAUUAUGAUGAAGGAACUGAAGGCAACAAUGAAGAUGAGGUCUUGGAGCUCGUUGCCGAAGAAGAAGAAGGCGGUGCAGACAGAUUGGAGCAAAGGGGAAAGGACAAAGGGGCUAACUACCAUUUCAAAUUACAAGGUAGAGUUUGAAUCACAAAGGGAGAGAUUUGACAUGAGACAAGACAAUAAGACAGAUAGCUUUUGCCGGUGGAGUGCUUCCCAGUUUUCUGGUAAGGGAAUGACUAAGAAUCAUCCCUUUAGCCUUAAUUCUAGUUGGGUUACUCUAAUUGUGUUGUGGGUUCUUGAAUUUUGAGGUUUGCCGUGAGUUCCUCCAUUCCUCUCCCCGUCAGCUUCCUUCCCAGCCGGACCCGGUGCUGCUCGCCAGAGUUUCCUGGUAUGAUGGACAGCCUUUUUAUGUCUAAUUAUCAAUUAAGUAUUGUCCAUUUAGUUGCUUGUGUUGUCCGAGAUUGUGCUAGAAUUAUGGGAUGAUUUUGGGUAGCAUAAAACACGUUUUAAGCUUGGUUGAGGUAGAAAUUUCUUGAUUUAGUUGCUGUGUUGUUUAUAGGGAGAAAAUCCCGUGAAUUAGCUAGUGUUUGGCCAAUUUUGGAAGUGCAGUCACUGUUCACUGCGGAUCACUGUUCACGGGGUUUUGAUCGUUCUGUCACCGUGGCACUCGGGUUAGCCUUCUAUUCUGUGCGAGUGAGGUAAGUAAAUUAUGGUAAAGCCUUCGAUUUCAAAGCAUGUUUUAAACUGUUUUUGAGAUGGUGGCAAGGUUUAAAUUGAUUUUAAAUUGAUUUUAUCAGCAUCUGAGGGUGAUUAAACUGAAAUGGAAAUUGUGAUGGUUUUUAUGAGAAUUUCCUUGUUUUUCUGAAAUUGAGCAUGAUUGGAAUGAAAAUGAG